UUAUUUUAGGUUGGUCGGGUCAGAUCCAGGAGAAGCAGAACUGUACUCAGUCUGCCUCACCUUCAGCUCUUGGACUCUGGUCGAGUCAGAACCAGGACCGGAGAGAACAUGGAGCUCUUUGAUGCUGAGAAGAAAGGUCGAGGUCUGAGAGCCACCAGGGACCUGAAACCCGGUGAGGUAGUUCUGGCUGAGCCCAGUUACUCUGCUGUGGUGUACGACAGUUUGGUCUAUCAGGUGUGCCACAGCUGUUUCCGCCGGCAGACCAAGCUGCAGCGCUGCGCUCAGUGCCGGUUCGCCCACUACUGCGACCGCACCUGCCAGAGUGCAUGCUGGGAGGAACACAAGCAGGAAUGUGCUGCCAUACGGGGUUCAGGCUUUGCUCCCAACCAGAACAUCCGCCUGGCAGCCCGAGUGAUGUGGCGCCGGAGGAAGGACCAGGGUCUGGCUUCAGACAGUCAGUUAGUAGCUGCAGACCAGCUGAAGGAUCACCUGGAGGACCUGCCUGAAGAGGAGCAGAACAAGGUCCAGAGUGACGUGGACAACCUGUUGAAGUUCUGGAUCGAUGGCGCCAAGCUUCACUCUGAGGGCUACAUCCGCCACAUUCUGGGCCUGGUCAGGUCUAACGGACUUCCCCUGACAGACCAGAGGGGUCUGCAGAAUGUGGGUUUGGGUCUCUUCCCCAAUCUGAGCCUGGUGAACCACGACUGCUGGCCCAGGUGUACUGUCACCUUCAACCAUGGCAACCAAUCAGCUGUGAGCUCCGCUCUGCACUCCAAGACCAGGAUGGAGCUGCGAGCUCUGAGGAAGAUCUCCAAGGGUGAGGAGCUGACCUUCAACUAUGUGGACCUCCUGAACCUUUCGGCUGAAAGGCAGAAGCAGCUGAAGGAGCGAUUCCAUUUUGACUGCAGCUGUCAGCGCUGCAGCCAGCAGCUGGGCGAUGACCUAAUGUCUGCGUCUUCAGAGAGCAAGCAUUCGGCUGAUAAAGUCAAAGAGGUGUCGGCCUUCAGCCAGGAGAGUCUGAAGAAGAUUGAAAGAGCCGGACAAGAUGGAGAUUACAGCGAGGUACUGAGGUUGAGUCUGGAGGUUCUGGCAAAGCAGGAGGACGUUCUGGCUGACACUCACCUGCUCAGGCUGCGAGCGCUGGGCGUGGCCACCGAGGUGCACUCACACUUGAGGAAGUUCUCUGAGGCUGCAGAGUUCGCCUGGAGGAUGGUGGAGGGAUACAUGAAGCUGCUCCAUCCUAACAGCCCCCAGCUGGGGAUGGCCAUGAUGCGAGCAGGGGUCAUCCUCUGGCAUGCAGGGCAGGUGGAGGCGGGUCACAAUAUGAUCUGUAGGGCGUACCGGAUCCUGAUGGCGACCCACGGACCAAACCACUCCAUCACCAGAGACCUGGAGUUGAUGCGGUCACAGACGGAGACGGAGCUGAAGACGUUGAAGGACUUGGACCUGCAGGACUCCACCAGGAAAAACCUGCCGAUGGUCUGCAGCUCCGCCGAGGACAACAUUAAAGGGUUCCUCCGCAAACAGUAAAAUAGGAAAAAAACUAUUAUAUUAAAUAUUUAAAGGUUGUACAGUUACCGUUCUGUGUCGAGCCUCUGAGUCAUUAAAGGAUCAACAAUAAAA